AUGUCCCUUGACCGUGUUGACGAUGACCCAACAGACUUUGAGGGAAUCUAUUCCGGAGUUCUGCCAGUGAACACGUCCAGACCACGAAAAGCUCCUCGAGAUGAUGCGGCACAUGGAAUCCAGGCAGCUGGUGUAAGAGCGUUUACCGCCCAGGCAAUAGCCUUCUACUUUCGAGCUCCUGUAAAGGCCUUCUUCCGAACACGAGUUGACUACCUGGCUUAUGCUAGAAACCUCCAGCAGCAGAAUGCAGCCGUAGCCAACGACGCUCUGUCACGUAGACUCAGCUGGUUACGUUCCACCACUCCAGGCGUUAUUGCUUCAGCAAUCCGCUACUAUGGCUGGAGGGUUAUACCUGAGCAAAUCCUACCUCCUCUGAUAGCCAAUGUCAGCGUGGGUGCUGUCCUAUACACAAGCUACCUACAAAUCUUAGGUCGUCUGCAUGAAGAGAGCAGUAAACACCACAAGCGAGUUUAUCCCCCUCCUUCUUUUGCAGAAACUGCUACAGCUGGAUUUCUUGCUGGAAGCAUACAGUCUAUCAUAGCUGCUCCACUGGACGCCAUUCAAGUACGUUACGAACGACAUGACCCUGCUACCAAUGGCAAACUCGGGAACUCACCUCAAAGUAUGUGGACAUUUGGCAGGGAGAAAAUACGAGAGGUCGGGACAAGAGGAAUUUUUGCUGGCUAUGGGUUGUCCUUUCUAAAAGACAGCUUUGGUUCAGCUACCUUCUUCAGCACUUUCGAGUGGAUCAAAUCACAAGGAUACCAUAACUUUGUCCACUGGUAUUAUGGUUCCUUACAUCCAGAAAUGGUUACUACACUUGCCAGAAAACGGCCACACGAGAGCGGACUGAGACCUCGAUCUAACUCCGCAUACAGUGAUCGUGACCGCUUUGUACAGACUAUCAAGCCCCAUUACGCUAUCGAGCCUACGUUUCUCUUUCUGGCAGGCCUAAGUGCUUCUGUAGCUCAAUCAACAGUCAUCUAUCCAUUGCAUCAUGUUCAAGUGGAACACUGGAACCAUCUCGAAGAAUUGGAUACUCAAGCAAAACAGUUUCGUCAAUCGUCGCGACUCCAAGGUCAACCGAGGUGGCGUAUGAUGCGUGUUUACUAUCGAGCCUAUCAGGAAACCUGGCAACAAUGCAUGGAUGCGGCGAAGAAAGAAACUCGAGGAAAUAUCAUCAGAUGGGUCUACCGUGGCUUUGUUUUCAACACGUUUCGUCAGCUUCCGAGCACGAGUGCAGGACUGAUCAUAUUUGAGCUGAUACGUCGCAGAGCUGGUCAGGCAUCCGACGACAUUCGAAUAUCGUCCAAGGCUGGAGACUAUGAUAUACUGGUGAGAUGA